AUGAUCUAUAUUGAUGAAGGUGAUCGGGGCAUUACCGAGACGGUCAAGGCAUUCCUCAAAACAGAAUUGAGCGAUGAUGAGCUCCAGCACUUCAAGCAAGCCUUCGAGAAGGGGGCCAAUGUGCAAUUCAGACCAAUGAUGCAUCUCAAGAUCAUUCAGGCAUCGAAGAAGUAUCAGGGCAAAACGCUCGCAGAGCUACGCCGACUCGAGAAUGAAGCUGGAAAUGAGGACGCGUUCAUUGCCGUCGAUCAGAACUUCAUCGACAAAGGUGCAGUGUGGUAUGUCGCUGGCUUUGCCGACGAGGACGAUGUGGAGUGUGGACUUGCCGCGGAGGAAGGUGUUUUGAUCAGAGCGUUGGUGCGCACAGAGUAUCUCGCAAUCGCACACACCUGCUGGACAGAUGGUAAUCUUACCAUGGACACUGAGUUGGAGAAUUUGGAAGAAGACAUUGUCCCGCUGCGACACGAUUCGGAACAGUCAGAGCCGCUGGGUGCGGACGAUGAAGGAGACGAAUCCUGGAGUACCGAUGAGAUUGCGGUCGUGGCCGCGCCUGGGAAAUACGAAGAGACGACAGACAAGAAGAUUCGCAAGGACAUGUCACCGAUGCCAGACAAGGCAGUCAGAUUGAAACCCGUUAUCGCUCAACGUGAGCAUCUCAUCAGUGACUGGACCUCACCUGAGGACGCCGAAGGGGAUCAGACUCGGGAUGGGAUAACCUUUCCAGCGGGGAGUAUUCGCAUCGCAGCCAAAUAUCGUCCGAGCUUUCCGAGAGAACAAUACAAGUGGCCCGAAGGCUCGCUUUGA